AUGGCUCCUCGCACAAGAGCAACGGACCGAUGCUGGACCUGUCGCCUUCGGCGCAAGAGAUGCGAUGGAGCGCAGCUGCGGUGCCAAGUCUGUGUCGACCUAGGAAUUCCAUGCUAUCGCUCAAAGGAUAAACCAGAAUGGAUGGAUGGUGGGUCCCAGGAGAAGCAGAUGGCAGAAACUAUGAAGCAGCAAAUCAAAUAUUCUGCCGGCCAACGGCGAGAGAAACAGUCCAACGUAUCGAAUGGAAGUCUCACAGGUUUUGUCGUCACUUCACAAUCGGAUUUCAUAGGAAAUCCCCCCAACUCCUCUUUGACACCGCCGACCAUCCGGGCUGAACCAUUUAUUUCGACACAACCAGGAGCUAUCUCACUACCAGCUAUGACGACUGGGCCAUUUUCAGCCAACAAUAUGACUGAUAGCUCGAAGCCACUCGCAGUGGUCCCAGACCAUGUGUUCGAUCUAGGGAAGAUGGACUCAACAUUCCCAACCGCGUCCCAGGCAUGGGAGUUAGACCUCAUUAUGAUCUAUCUAGAUUAUGUCUUCCCAUUUCUAUUCCCUUUCUACCGACCUCCCAUAAUGGGAACAGGGCGCGCCUGGCUACUCCGUUUUGUGAAACAAAAUGGAACGGUGUUUCAUUCCGUGCUCAGCAUGAGUUCUUUCUUCCUUACCGUGGGGCUCAAUGACACAGCGGAACUUGCCGACUUGUCAUCCGGCCGUCCACAGCGUUGUCGGACAAGUAUCUGGAAAGAAGUUUCAGAACGAGCAGAAAAGACAUUCACGAUGCUGCAAACGGUCAUUUCAGAGCUUAAUGACGAUCCAAAUCCUACGAUAUUGCAACGGGCGUACGUCAUGGAAUCUAUCCUACAGCUUUUGAUCUUUGACCGCUUUGUGGGGGUGAAUAAAGGUUGGGAGGCGCAUCUCACCAUGGCCAUCAAUAUCUUCGAGGAGAUAUACAACGAAUGCUCUUUUUCUAAUCAAGGACAAGACGGACUUAUUUGUGUUCUGGAAAGAAUGACCUGGCCCGGAUCUCGAGUCAUUGGGUUUGAACGCAGGCUAUGGAAUGCGGACCAAGCUGGAUUUCGGUUUUUCACCGCAAUCCUACUAUACUUCGACAUAAUUGCCAGUACUUCCUUGGAUAAAGCCCCUGUUCUAUCUCACCUGCACUCUCCGCUUAUCGGUGACAUCCCACUCCAAGAAACUAGCGGUCGUCUGAACUUAUUACAUUUCGUGGGCUGUCACAACUGGGUUUUGAUUGCUAUCGGGGAAACUUCAGCCUUAUCCGCAUGGAAAUCAGCCCAGGAAGAUGGAAAUGGGUUGUCCCAGAUGGAUUUGGUCACCCGUUCUCAACCCAUAUUUGCCAAUUUGCAGCAAGGGCUUGAAGCUCUUGAUGCAGAAACCGUGGCAGCUGCUGAUCUCUGGCAAAAAAAGCCAUACUAUCAAUCUGACGACCAAAUCACUGGACAUUCUGGAAGCGUCACAACGCGAAUUUGGGCCCAUGCAGCUCGAAUUUAUCUCACUGUUGUUGUCUUCGGAUGGAGGCCACAGGACUCACAGAUAAUGGAAGAUUGUAAAAAAGCAAUCAUUCUCCUUCAUGAAAUCGAUUCCAUUGCAAGGCUGCGAACACUUGCAUGGCCAAUAUCCAUCGUUGGAUGCAUCUCAUAUGACUUUGAAAAAUCAGUAGAGCUUGAUUCGCUCGUACGAAGGUCAGAAAAAUCACAACUGCUCCACGCCAUACGCGAAUCUGGCCAAAUAAUCGACAAGUUCAGAAAAGCUGACACUGUCGAUAAUCCUGAUCUCUUUAAUUUCUCUUGUGCUUUUUUCAAUGUUGAUGAUUCUAGCUAUCCUGCCUUCUUAGCCUAG